CUUGACGCGGUUUUAGUUCACGUCGCGUUCCCAAAAAGAUUAAUAUCAAUUAAAAUCACAAGCUCCGACGUCCAAGUUGCAACACCACAGCAACCGCCAGACAAAAGGGACUGAAGAUGGCCUCACCUCGCGCGAAUGAAGAGGAAGAUAUACAAAUUGAUCCAGCAGAACCUCUCAAGGGCAUCGUCGUCUGCUGUACAAGUAUUCCUGCUGAGCAUCGUACCAGCAUCGCUUCCAAAGUUGCCGAGCUUGGUGGUAUUCACAAAUACGAUCUCACACCCGACGUAACCCAUCUUAUUGUUGGUGACUACGACACACCCAAAUAUCGCCAUGUCGCUCGUGAACGCCCCGAUAUCAAGGCCAUGGAUGCCGCCUGGAUCGAAGAACUUAGCGAGAUAUGGAAGAACGACGAAGAGAUCGAUUAUCGACAGCUCGAGAAUAAGCACCAACUGAAGCCCCUAGAGAGGCGAGGCAUCGAUCCUACAGUCCAGCCACAAAAAGGAGAGCCAGCAAGAGAUUCGCUGCUGAUUUGUUUGACUGGCUUUGGCGACCAGAGGGACGAAAUCGCAAAUAAAAUCACAUCGAAUGGAGGCUUAUAUACGGGCGACUUGACGAGACGGUGCACACACCUAAUCGUCAACAAACCAGAAGGCAAGAAAUAUACUGCAGCCAGAGCAUGGGGCAUUCACCCAGUCACCCUCGCCUGGCUUGAACAAUCUAUCUCUCGAGGGAUGAUCUUGGAAGAAGCCAAAUUCGACCCGACAUUACCUCACGAGGAGCAAGGGAAGGGCGCAUGGGUUACAAGAGAACUGAAACGUACAAUGAGCAAGCGAUCAAAGUCUGCCAUUGCAGGUGGCGCUGAGGAGGGCCCUAGGAAGCUCAGGAAGACUGCCAGCAUGAAGCUCAGUUCACAGCGUAAUAACAUCUGGGGCGAUAUCCUCGGUCGGUCAACAUCAAGAGAUUAUUCCUUCGCUCAGGAAAAUAAGGAAGACGGAAACCAAGCUCAGGUCCAACAGCCACAGCGAGCAGAAGCUCAGCCUGAGCCACCAGCUCCUAUAGUCCCAGAAGAAGACCAGGGCAUUUUUGGGAGCUGUUACUUUUACAUACAUGGAUUCAACGCACAAAGAACUUCUGUCCUCGAGCAAACACUCGACACCCUCGGGGCCACUCUUUGCUCAUCAUUAAAUGAGGCCGCUCUGGGAAGAACUCCAAAGCCACCUCGCAGUCGGUUUCUGAUUGUUCCUCAGACAUCUCAGCCUAACACUCACCCUCAGGAAACCUACGAUAACCUCCAUGUUGUGACAGAAUACUAUAUCGAAAAGUGCCUUCACAACAAGCAAUACUUUGACCCUGGGGAACACGUUCUCGGUCGGCCAUUCACCUUCUUCCCCAUACCGGCGUUUUCGGAUCUUAUCAUAUGCAGUGCUGCUUUUACAGGUAUCGAGCUCAAUCAAGUUGCCAGAGCCACUGUUCAGUUAGGAGCCAAGUUUGAUGGAGAGUUUCGUAAAACUACAAGCGUGCUAAUUUGCAAGGACAUCACUUCUAUGCGCAAGGAGAAGUUGCGCGUGGCUCUGAAAUGGGGCAUUCCUGUUGUUUCAGCAGAUUGGUUCUGGGAGUGUAUCCGUACAGGCUUCAAAGUCCCUCUCGACGAUUAUAUAUUCCCUGAGAUUAAAGAAAGAUACUCAGAAACCUCUCAGCCUGAACCUAGACCAACCUCUAGAACCGCCCCUGAAGCACGAUUGCAUCAAAAGCCCAUGCAGCGCACUCAUUCAGAACCGGUGUCCAAGUCAACGAAGAGUCAUAUCACGAAACCUCCACACGGCGCUGGCGUCGAUACCUCGGCCUUUGAUCAUGAUUCGCCUGAGAAGGUCUCUCGAAAAAUGACUGCGAAACCUGUCUCGGUCAUCUCACCAGACUUUGUCACAGCACGCACUCACCAAACAACAACGAAUAGUCUACCUAAGGACAAAGACUUUGACUCACCUCUUGCUGAGGUUCCUCAAGCACGUCUCAACAGAUCUCCAUCACCCACCAAACAUACCACAUUGCCUCGCUCUCGCUCCGAUUCCACAAGCAAAGUUAACACUACAACUUCUCGCACUGAGGAAACCACAGACAAUCCUCCAACUCCACAAGAAAAUAUACAGCAAGCGAAACAACAGGAAAAUGCAGAGCAAGCUCGUCUUCGCGCUAAAGCCGCAGAGCGCCAGGCCCUCUCCUCAAAACUGACCUCACUCAUUGAGACCACAACACCAAAUCUCCCUUCCUUCGCCUCCGAUGAAACCGAACAACCAGCCCCAAGACCUCGCAAGCGUCAGCUAUUCGGCCGUGCCAUCAGCAAUGCCUCCAAUGCCAGCAGUGCUGCCUCACGCUCGGCGGCUGAGCUCCACGACGUAUUUGGCGAUGAGGACAAAGAUCCAGAAAACCAAGAAUCCGAGCCCCCAGCAACGCAGUUGGAAUAUCGUGACGAUAAGGCGAAGGAGUGUCGAGCUGCUCUGAUGAGUCGCAUGAUGGGCAGUGGUGGUGUCGAGGUGAAGGCAGCAGCGUCUACAGCGACACAAAAUAUAGUACCAGGACCAACGCGAACAUUGAGAAAACGAUAGGGAUGAAUAUGUAGAAAAGGAUGUAUAUGCGUCAUAAUCUGUUCCGAGUUAGUAUGUAUGGUCUGUUUGAUUCAGGAAGAAUAUGGUAUUUGCCACAAGUAAUACGAUCUCUCUUGGAGAUGAGCCCUGUAUCAAGACCACAUCAGUCCUGUCUAGACUUUUGCUUCGAGACACUUAGUCUAGUGGCUAUGAAAGAAUUGAAAGGAAAUUGAGACCAUUUGUUCAAUCUAAUCGACUCAAGGUAUACUAUGUAAUAUGAGAGAACUCCUCUCUAAACGGCUUUUCCUUUCCACCCAUCAAGUUCUCUUUUCCAUCCUUUUAACCCCGAGCCAAGAAAAACAAUCCUCCCGUGAGCACACAAAAUCCAGUGUUGGCUUGGUGCGAAGUGAUAUCCUCUAUGAGUGAAGAAAAAUACUAGAAACAAUAGGAAAUUGAAACAAGUCAGAUCGUGAUUAAAAGGGAGACAUGUAGAAUAAAUAGGGCCAUCUUUGUCCCUCAAAGACGGUCGCUUGCGGUCAACAAAAUUUAUUCCACCAACUGUUGAUUAGAAUCGCCUCGACCGGGCAAUUGUUCAGAAACCACGGAAUCCCACAGAUUAUUGAGUUGCUCACUAUUAUCCAGGUCAGUUCCCAACUUUGUCACAAUUGUUCUCAGGGGUUACACUUACGGCUCCCUCUUGGCCAUUUUCAUACCCCUCUCUCUACAGAAGAACAGGAAGCGACGCAUUGUACGGGCUCGUGGAAAAGAUGCCAUGACAUCGCCUCGAGGCUUGCCAUCCGCAGCAAGCUCUCCGGCAUCCUUUUUCAUAAUGAUGUGAACACGAAGUGCUUCGAUACUCCACUCCAUCUCCUCAAUCUCUGCGAGGUUGACAUGGAAAUCGAUCUCGUCCCUAAAUAAGCCCCAUUUCGCAGGUUUCACAUCCUUGAGUACUUGGUGUUGGAAACAUUGUAUCUGACCAACCCAGGUCCAAUACUGUGUGACAUUGAUAUGACUGGUAUACAACCGAGUCUUGACUACAGCAAGCCGCCAAUCGUACUUCGUGAUGCUGCCUCCGCUGCAUGAAUCUGUGUCGGACCAGGCCUCGAAGUGAAAUUCGUCAUGUACGGGGCUUCCAUGUGUAGGCGGCAUGUAUUUCGGCUUCUUGUUGAGGUGGGUGCUGAAUGCUGGCUGGGGCCCAGGGGCGGGGACCGGCGCUGGCGCUGGUGCUGGUGCUGGAUAGCUUGGUGGUACCUGGUUAGGAAGAGGAGAGUGGUUGAUGAAUGAAUCCUCCCGGGGCGUAGUAGGAACAGAGUGCAUAGACUUCCGCUUUUGGAGAGGUUUGGGUGUAUUGCUAGGGCUGCCGUGACUCAAGCGCGCCUUCAUGGCUCCCGAAGGACGUCCUAUGUUCUUGAAUCCAUGUUUAUAACGAAGACUGGUGAGCUUGGAGUCAUGAUAGAAAUCGUGAAUUGUUCGUGGCAGAUUGAAGUUGUGACCCUGCGUUUGAAUUAGUUCGUGAAGUCGCUGUCGCAUCCAGUCAACCGGCGAUAUGUCAAGAUUGAACUUCUCGAGCUCCGAUAUUGUCUCUGAAAGGCGGAAUAGCGUGUCGUAUGACGUUAUGCCGCCUUUACCGGCCUGGAUGUAUCUUUUACCCAAUAACUGAUAGGGACUGAUUGGGCCCUUCUCGUGGAAUUCGAGAAUUUUGAUACCGCGGUUGACCUGUCUGCCAAUUUGAUACUUUGAAGAACCACCCUUAUCCUGCUUGGGACCUGCUUCAAUGGCAGCCUGGUGUUUCUCACGCCAUCGAGCAAGCUGUGGCUCAAUGAGUGUCUUGACGUUAGGCCAGUUGGCCUCCCAAUAGGGGUGUUCCUCGUUAAUCUUGACCAAUGGCACCCCGGCGACGCAUUCAGGAUAGGUGUAAACAUUUCCGUCGUUCUUGAGGACCAUGUUCUCUCGGGUAAUCUCUUCCAGUGGUUGGGCAGGAGGGGAUUCAGGUGGCUGCGAUGAAGGGUCCAGGGACAGAGAUGGUGGAGUUGGUCUUCCUCGCUCGCUGGAUGGAGGUCGACUUCUCACAUUAGCCGGCGUAAAACCAGCAGCUAUGCGAUACUCCUGUGAGGUGUGUAUUUGCUCAGGCUCUCGUGAUGUGUGAGCUGGAUCAGAACCGCGAUAGUCUCUGGCAAGGCCAUCGAGCUCUGUUGAUGGAUGGAGGAUUUCAUGAGGACUGCGGCGCAGAACACCUGAGGGAAGCACAGAACGUGGUGUCUCCAGGGGCCUGGGUUGAGGAUAUAUUGGUGUCGGUAAGGGCGAGUCCACAGGGUCAAUCAUUCGUUCCGGAGCAUAAUCUGACCUAGAAGCCGUUGUCGGCCGGCUUGGAGGACCAUGGGGGGAUCCAUAGGCUUGUCUGUGGGACAUUUCACGAGGGCGUUCAGCGAUUUGGAUUGGUGCUACCUCGACAGUCCGUUCUGGGGCCUUCGCAGCUAUCACAUCAUGGAAUCGUUCAUUAGGUCGAUCUGGAACUUUCUCGGUUUGGUGUCCAGGGCUCCGUUCUGGCUGUCGUGCAGUAGUCCAUCCUGCUUGUCGCUCAGUCUGUGGCGCAGGUUGAGGCUCAACUGGUCGUUCAGGCCGUUGCUCGGGUUGCUGUUCGUAUUGCCGCUCGGGCUGUCUUUCAAUUUGUCUAUCCGGUUGUCUCUCAGGCUGUAGCUCAGGGAAUUGUAGAGCGGGCUUUGGUGAAGGUGGCCGAUAUGGCACAGAAAUCUGUUCAUCGACUCGCUGAGGUUGUGAUUGAGUUGUUUGCUCAGACCUCGGCUGAACUUCAACUGUCUGAUGUACUGUUUCUGAGGAAGGGUUUGCAGAAGUCUCUUGGACUCCAUCCUCCAGCUGCUUCUUCCGUUGUGCCCUCUCCCUCGAGGCCAGUAUGUCAAUUGUGUCCCCUGAGGAACCAUGGCAUCCCUGGCGAUUCCAUUCACAGUUGCCACAUUUCUGAAAGAGAUCCCCGCCGACAAUGAUGCAGUCGUCGAAGGCGCCUUGGUUCUUAUCGCAAGACAGGCAUCUCUUGGCCUGUAUCGCCCCCGUCGCUUGAAUCAUACAAGAGAGCCAUUUGACCCCCUUCGCCUCAGUUCGCUCGUAAAUGCCUGCAAGAUGUGUAGUGUUGAACCGUCGUCCUCGGCGGAUCUUGACGGGUCUUUGUAUCUCCAGUUCUUGGAUACCCUCAACCCAUUGGUUCCAAGGCUCUAUUUGUUCCACGGGUCCAAUCACAUUGCCAUCAGCAUCAACAAUAUCAACGAGGCUCGAGGCUCCCCUAUUAUCGUGGUGCUCAACGCCUUCCAUACGAUCCUCGUCUUCUUCUUCUUCUUCUUCUUCU